CCUCACUCCAGCUGUGCCCUUAAUUUCCACCCGAGGGCAACUUCAUCCACAACUUUAUUACAAUAACUCAAGAACCGAAAACAGGCGACGAUAACCAUGAGCAAUCAAACUCAGUCUAGAAUACGCCAUGAAUGGUAUCAAACAGAUACCGAAGUAGUCCUAUCCGUCUUCAUCAAAAACACUAGAACUGAGGACGUCAAAUGCGAAUUCGGAGAACGAUCGGUCUCAUUAAAUCACAAAAAGUCACCUGACAAUCCAUCUUCUUCUUCUUCGUUUUCGGAAACUUGCUUCGAUCUCGAUCCUUUGUCCUAUGAUAUCCAGCCCACUCUGUCUUCUUGGAAAUCUUUGUCUUCCAAGAUCGAUAUUCGACUAAAGAAAAAAGUGAAUGGGAUCAAGUGGCAAGUCUUGGAAGGAGAUGGGCGCGAUGUACCAGCACCAACAGUCACACAACUCGAAGAUCCGAGUGCUAGUGUCAGUCGACAGUCGGCAUAUCCUUCCUCAGCCCGGCGGAAAACAAAUUGGGAUCAACUGGCAAACUCGGUGGAGAAGGAAGAAGAAGAAGAAGUCAAAAACCUCAAAGAUCCAAAUGCAGGAGGAGACCGAGCCAUCAACGAAGUAUUCCAGAAACUGUAUGCGGAUGCCACGGAUGAACAGAAAAAAGCAAUGAUGAAGAGCUACGUGGAGAGUAAUGGGACCGCGUUGAGUACCGAUUGGGCCGACGUUAGUCAGAAGAAAAUCGACACUAGACCUCCUGAUUCCAUGGUUGCUAAGUCUUGGAAAGAGUAACCUACCCCCUCUCGGUUGUUCAAUUGAUUUGAUUCCAGUCGGUUUCUGAUUCUUUGUGUACAAGAAAACCGCUCAUCCCCCCUCUCCUCUUCCUCUUGAAGAUCUUACCUCGCUAGUUUUAUUUGAAUAAUCUGAGACACUGUCAUAUACCACUAUAUCCACUUGGAAUUUGCCUUUUUGUUUUGAUUGGUCAAAGCAUUCCAGCCGUUCAAAACAGAAGAAAGCUCUGGAGGAAAAAAAAAUACAUUGUGUAAAGAGAGGGAGAGACUACCAUUGCGAAGGAGAUUAUAAGUAGUUUCUUCAUCUUGAACAAACAGGUCUUCCUACUCAUGAGCAGAGCACUUCGUCCUCUUGCCCACGCAUGUACUUUGUGAUUCUUGGACACAAUUCAUUGCCAAACCUGCAGAUCUCUGUUCAUGUUAGAGUAACUGUUCUUGUAUAGUUAGACUGAUGGC